CGGAGAGGCAGCGACGAGAGAAGCUGCAUUGGAAGGAGGAGGCGGGGGAGAUCGUCGCCGGAUUUGGGUUGUUCCCCCCCCAGAUCAGAUCACGGCCAGUUCGGUAGCCGUUCCCGCAACCGUCCGGCCGUUUCGGAGGGUUUGAGUGCGCCGCCGGGCCUUGGUCGCUCCUGCCCCAGAUUUCCAUGAAGAUAGACUUGCAAGCUGUUGAUGGCCCUUCUGUAGAUCCUUGGUACUUGUGAUCGAGUGUCUGUCAGUGACUCAUUUUCUGCACUAAAAUCAUGAAGGUUGUACCAGAAAAGAAUGCUGUACGAAUCCUUUGGGGCCGAGAACGGGGAACACAAGCUUUGGGAGCACAGCGUCUUUUGCAGGAGUUGGUUGAAGACAAAACCCGUUGGAUGAAAUGGGAAGGCAAGAAAGUUGAGUUACCGGACAGUCCACGCUCCACUUUUCUGCUAGCAUUCAGUCCAGACAGGACCCUCAUGGCAUCAACUCAUGUGAAUCACAAUAUUUACAUCACAGAGGUGAAAACGGGCAAGUGUGUUCACUCACUAGUUGGACAUCGACGCACACCAUGGUGUGUAACUUUUCAUCCCACUAUCCCAGGUCUUAUCGCUUCAGGGUGCCUCGAUGGAGAAGUUAGAAUCUGGGAUUUGCAUGGUGGAAGUGAGAGCUGGUUUACAGAUAGCAACAAUGCCAUUGCAUCCUUGGCUUUUCAUCCAACGGCCCAACUUCUGCUAAUUGCUACAGCCAAUGAGAUUCACUUCUGGGACUGGAGUCGCCGGGAGCCUUUUGCAGUUGUGAAAACAGCCAGUGAAAUGGAGCGGGUCCGACUAGUGCGAUUUGAUCCCCUUGGGCAUUACUUACUCACAGCAAUUGUUAACCCUUCCAACCAGCAGAAUGAUGAAGAGGUGGAAAUACCUGUGGAUAGUACAGAAAUACCACAUUAUCGUCAGCGUUCCAUUCUCCAAUCUCAACCAGUGAGACGCACACCACUCCUUCAUAAUUUCCUGCAUAUGCUGUCGUCACGCUCUUCUGGUAUCCAGGUGGGAGAGCAAAACGCCAUGCAAGACUCUGCUACACCCUCCCCUCCUCCUCCUCCUCCUCCCCCACCACCUCCACCUCCUCCUCCACCACCACCACCACCUCCAGCUAGUGAAACCUCUAGAGUAUCUGCCUAUAAUGGCCUCAGUGAGCCUGUCAAUUACCCCUCAGUAAAAUGUUGCCAGCACCUGGGGGUUUUGUGCCUUUGCAGGCGAUGUUCUAGUGCAAGACUUCCAUCUUCUCUCUUCCCAUCCCAGGACAACGCCCCUUCCACAUCCUCUGGGUCCACUGGCACUUCCUUUUCUUCUGUGCAAAUGGAACCUUACCAACCCCAGGAGCAGGCAUCUUCAGCACAGCAGGAGCAGGGACUCCUUAAUCGACCAUCUGCUUUCAGCACUGUUCAGAGCAGUACUGCUGGCAACACCCUGCGCAACUUUAGCCUGGGCCCCACUCGUAGAUCCCUUACUGGGUCUUUGUCAGGCCAUCCGUCCAGGAUCCACCCAAGACAGAUGGCCUCAGGGUUAGAGGGUUCAGAGUGGACUCGAACAGUGUUGAAUAUGGGCCCUCGCUCUGAGUUGGAAGGUAUGCCUCCUCCUAGAACCAGUGCCUCUUCAGUGAGUUUGUUGUCGGUACUGAGGCAGCAGGAAGGAAGUUCCCAAUCCUCUGUAUAUACUUCAGCUACAGAAGGGAGGGGUUUCCCAGCUCCUGAAGCUGAAGCAGAAAGCACCAGUAAUACUGGCCCAAGCAAUCCAGCCAGCCUUCGCAAUGAGCUUCAAUGUGACUUGAGGCGGUUCUUCUUGGAAUAUGAUAGGCUUCAAGAACUAGAUCAGGGGAUAAGUGGUGAACCUAGUCAGUCACAUCAGGCCCAGGAAAUGCUUAAUAACAACAUUGAGCCUGAUAGGCCUGGUCCUUCUCAUCAACAGACCCCACAUAGCAGUGAAAACAAUUCCAAUUUGUCACGGGGGCAUCUGAACCGCUGUCGCGCCUGUCACAACCUGCUGACUUUUAACAAUGACACACUUCGCUGGGAAAGAAGCACACCCAGCUAUGCACCAGGGCAGUCCCAAAGCACAUUUGAGGGGGUGCCAUCCAGCAGUAGCCAACUACCACCUUCUGAGAGAAUGGAAAGCCGAACUUCUCCCUCUAGCAGGCUGCCCCUGAGAAGAUCUUCUAAUCCUCAAGAGGAAAGGACUGUGAGAGGGGUCUUUAAUCAAGAGACGGGGCACUGGGAAAGAGUUUACAGCCAAUCUGCUUCAAAUAGACCUGAGAAUGUAUCACAGGACGCCUUAAACCAGGAAAUGCCUGAGGAAAUUUCAGAGGAGGAUUCACUCAGGAGGAGGCUGUUGGAAUCUUCACUCAUUUCACUAUCGCGUUAUGAUGGGGCAGGAUCCCGCGAGCAUCCAAUCUAUCCUGAUCCAGCUAGGUUGUCACCUGCUGCUUAUUAUGCCCAGAGAAUGAUCCAGUAUCUUUCACGCAGAGAUAGCAUUCGCCAGCGCUCCAUGCGGUAUCAGCAAAAUCGCCUCCGCUCUUCCUCAUCUUCUGCUUCCACUUCUGAGAAUGCAGGUCCAUCUGUAGAAGGAAAUGAUUUGGAAUUUGAAGAUUUUGAAAGGGACAAUGGAGAUAGGUCAAGACACCGAGCCCCUCGGAAUGCCCGUAUGUCUGCACCAUCCCUUGGACGCUUUGUCCCCAGGCGCUUCUUGCUACCUGAGUACUUGCCUUAUGCUGGGAUUUUCCAUGAACGUGGACAGCCUGGGUUGGCCACUCACUCGUCUGUUAAUAGAGUUUUGGCAGGGGCUGUGAUUGGAGAUGGACAGUCUGCUGUGGCCAGUAAUAUUGCGAACACCACAUACCGGCUUCAGUGGUGGGAUUUCACUAAAUUUGACUUACCAGAAAUAAGCAAUGCAUCUGUGAAUGUGCUUGUUCAAAAUUGCAAGAUAUACAAUGAUGCCAGCUGUGAUAUUUCUGCAGAUGGGCAGCUUUUGGCAGCCUUCAUUCCUAGCAGUCAGCGGGGAUUUCCUGAUGAGGGGAUACUGGCAGUCUAUUCCCUUGCACCGCACAAUUUGGGUGAAAUGCUGUACACAAAGCGAUUUGGUCCCAAUGCCAUUUCUGUGAGCUUGUCCCCAAUGGGCAGGUAUGUCAUGGUAGGACUCGCAUCUCGUCGCAUCUUGUUGCACCCGUCUACAGAACAUAUGGUGGCUCAGGUUUUCAGGCUUCAGCAACCACAUGGAGGAGAAACUUCAAUGAGGAGAGUGUUCAAUGUCUUGUACCCAAUGCCAGCUGAUCAAAGGAGACACGUCAGCAUAAAUUCUGCUCGCUGGUUACCUGAGCCAGGUUUAGGAUUAGCAUACGGCACUAAUAAGGGGGAUCUGGUGAUUUGCCGACCAGAGGCCUUAAACUCUGGUGUAGAAUACUACUGGGACCAGCUGAAUGAAACUGUCUUCACUGUGCAUUCCAACAGCAGGAGCACUGAACGGCCAGGAACCAGCAGAGCCACUUGGAGGACAGACCGGGAUUUGGGCUUAAUGAAUGCCAUUGGCCUGCAGCCACGGAACCCAACCACCUCUGUGACUUCACAGGGCACUCAGACUCUGGCACCUCAGCUACAGAACGCAGAAACGCAAACUGAGAGAGAAGUUCAGGAACCAGGAGGUCUUACUUCAGGGGUUACCGAAGGUGGUACAGAUUAUGGAGCAACUGGAGAGGAUGCCCUGAUUAGGAUCCAAAGGCUGAUGGCUGAAGGUGGCAUGACAGCUGUGGUCCAACGAGAGCAAAGCACUACCAUGGCAUCCAUGGGUGGUUUUGGCAACAACAUAAUUGUGAGUCACCGGAUCCACCGCAGUUCUCAGACUGGUACCGAAUCCACUGGGAUAGAAGGGGGCUCAACUCAGCCAUCGACUUCGCAAGAGCUGAUAACUGAGUUAGAGGGACGGACCCUUUCUGAGUCCAUGCAGGUGACAGAACGUGGCCUCAGCCCACAGACAUCAUCUAAUGAGGUUGAGGAAGAAGCUGAUGAGCAAAGCCUAUCAGAGCAGGCUCACUCCUCAAUGGACACUGAGGGACCAGUUGAGUAUAGUGAUCUAACUAAUAAUAAUCAUCUUCCUGACAAUACCAAUUUCUAUAGUAAUGAGAGCACCAGUGGAGAGUCUCGGAACAGGUAGAGAUGGAUUGUAUAUUGGUGCUACACUUGUACUGCUAAGCAGAGACUUGUACCUCACAGCUGACCAGGAACUGAAGGAGUAGGGGAAUUUUGGCUCUGACCAGAUGCUGAUAAUUCAGUGGGCAUUGAUAUGCAGGGGUGGGAUAAAAGAGGGAGACCAUAACUUGUACGGGAGAAUUCUUGAAGAGGUUUUAUUCUGUGUCUUAGCUUCCCACAUCCGUUUUGCUGCACAUUUUCUACAAUAGUUGUAAUAAACCUUGAUAUUCAGCUGAGCCUUAUGUAAAUUUCUCAGCUCACUGGCUACAGGAAUACAUUAAGCUUUGUCCUAACCCUGCAGUGCUUUUAAUGCUACUCUUUUUUAAUUUAAUUUUAUUUUUUUAAAAAGUGCUUUCCCCUCUCUUGACCUACCAGCUAAUCGGAUCAAGGGGACUCGAGUCUCUUCCCUUAGAGACCUUCAAUCUUACUGAAUUGUGUAUAUAUCUUUAAAUGCUACUGUGGAGGAAAUUUGCACCUAGGUUCUGCAACCAGAGUGGCUCCAUUUUCCAAUCCAGAGUUUUAUCCCAUGCCACACUGCUAGUAAGCACUAGAAAACUCUUCAGAAGUUCAGAAUUUGGAUGGCUUGAAAGAAUGUAGGCUGGAUAAGGCACAGCACUGUUUUCCAGGACUGUGUUCCACUCUUCUUUCCAGCCCAGAACUGGAGGUAGGAGAGCUAUGCUUGGGCGUCUCAAUUUCUUCAUGCUCAGGAACCUCUCAGGAGUGUGGGCCUUUUGUUUUCAGAAUAUCUACUUUGUAUGCAAGCAGAGCCUUUAUAAGGGCUGCUGUGGGUGGGGCAACCUAUAGUUGUAAAGCAUGUGGGUAGGGUGGGACCCAUUCCCCCAAAAAGAUGGCACUUAUACAGAAAUUGCCCAAGGCUUAGCAACUCUUGCUGUGCCAAUAGUAGCAUAUUGUAAUUCAAUCUGGUGAAAUUUGGCAGGAUCAUGGUGCCAUGGCCAGGUUGCACUUCCCUGUUAGGGGUAGGAUGUGGGGUGGGAGAGAGGGGUUAGCUCCAUGUCAGGGCGUGAGUUAUGUGUCUGUGAUGUAAGGUGUUGCAUGUGAAACCUUGACCUUGUACAUGUAGUUUCUAGUGGAGAAAUCAAGGCUCUGAUAUUUUUUUUUGUUUCUAGUCAACAAUGUGAUUUUCCUUUUCAUUUGUAACUCUCCAUCCCAGUGAGCUUGUAGCAGGAAGGUGGGGGAGAGUGUGUGCUAAUGAGGGAAACACCAAAGAUCAACGUCAUUAAAAUAUGACAGACCCUUC